UGUUAUCAGUGUCGUGUCCUUGAGAGGACUCUAUAAAACCCAAAUUUUGUCCUUCUUCUCUCCGGCCAUCUCAGUGGGACAUAUCAUGCUGCCGGCUGUGGUGAAGCUCUGCUGUGGAAUCUCUUAUCCACACGUACGCAGCAUGACAGGGUUGCAGCGUGCGGCGGUGGCAGCGUUGGGAAAAGAUCUUGCACACCUGCAGAGCAUCACUCACUUUACCAUUCCUGAAUGGAGCGGUGCUGUCAGGAGAUCCUGUGUUCAGAAGUUUAACAACGCUGUGGAGGCCCAGAAGAUCGCAGUGGGACACGAGGACGCUUUCUACUUUAGACAAGGUGAAGAGGCUCUGAAUGAAGCUCUUGACAUCGUGGAGUCUAAAGAAGGAUGGAAACUCGAGCUGGCAGAGAAGAAUGGAGAUGUGAUCUAUAGUAAAGUACUCAAGGGGAACCGGAAAGUUUUUCGACUGGAGGCCGAACUGGACGCGUCCCCGGACGAACUCUACGAGAUUCUCUUCUUGAGAGUGGAGGAGAUGCACCGCUGGAACCCAAGCAUCCGCUCCAUCAAAGUUUUGAAGCAGGUGGGGAAGAACACCAUGGUUACUCACGAGGUGUCGGCAGAGACGGCGGGAAACCUCAUUGGCCAGCGGGACUUCCUGAGCGUCAGACAUUCGUCCAGGAGCGAGUCACGUGUUUACUUGGGUGGAGCUGCGACACGAUUCGAGUCUCUUCCUCCCCAGCAGGGGUUCGUCAGGGCUGAAGAUGGACCCACCUGUAUAAUCCUGCACAAGCUCCAUCAUCAACCGGGGAAGAGUCGCUUCAUCUGGCUGCUCAACAUGGAUGUCAAGGGUUGGCUGCCAAAGUCACUGGUGAACAAAGCUCUGCCACGAGCUCAGCUGGACUUCACCAAACAUCUGCGGCACCGCCUGACUGCGCAGACGUGAGCGGUCCAAACCCUGCUGACGCUUCUGUGAUGAUGAGGAUGAUGCAAGCAGAUCUUCAUCAGAUUGAAAUAGGAACACAGCCAUGCAACAAACACCUCAAAAUAACUCCGUCAGAGUUUGAUUAUCAACUCAUAUCAAGUUACAUCAGUAACCAAUAAAGAAAAUAUUUGAUUAUUUCAAAUGACAAUACAUUUUUAGCAUGUUUUAUUAAAUUAUUUUUGCAACCCAUGAUAUAAGAUUAAAUGAUAUAAGUUAAAAUAUCCAGCAGAAGUGAUGUUGUCCUUUUAGUAACACUUAUUAUCACUUACUGACAUUAAUGUCAAUGCUAAUGUGCAACUCAUUCCCAGUAUAUCAUUCAUGUAAACAUUUUUCAGGGAUAAUAUUACAUUUUAUUGAAAGACUUGAUUUAAAAAAACAUGCACUGAAAAAUCUUUAA